CAGACGGACGCUUAACCACAUCCAACACCCCGCACCAGCUCCGACAGACCAGACCUACCUUUUGUUAUCAAUAAAACACAGGCAAAAUGGCGAGCCAGCCCCAAGUCAGUCAAAAGAAGCAGCAGGAGCUCCAGCUCCAGUAUUCAAACUUCAAGAAUACGCUACAGCAGAUGGCGCAGAAGAUCGGGGACAUUGAGCAGGAAGCCGAAGAACACAAGCUCGUUAUCGAAACUCUCGAUCCUUUGCCCCGCGAACGGAAAUGUUUUCGCAUGAUGAACGGCGUCCUGGUUGAGCGCUCGAUAGAAGACGUUUUGCCCACCUUGAAGACCAACUCGGAUGGACUGAAGCAGGUGCUGGCGGAGCUUCUGAAGCAGUACAAGGCCAAGCAGGCCGAUUUGGAUAACUGGAAGAAAAAGAACCACAUCCAAGUCGUGCAACCAUAGUCGAUUUCACGACACAUCGAGCGCUGUUUUCCCGUUUUGUUUCUUUUUUGGCUACCAUGAGGAGGGACAUACUAGCAACUGGGAGACUGGAAGCCCUGAAAAGUCGGCGUUACCGAGAGUUUGAACAUGUGUAGAGACUACAUCAUUCCGCCAUCAGCAUUGCGGGCUUGGACGGGUCUGGUUCGUUUGCGGUUGGGGUCGAACGGAGUAAAGUCGGAAUGCCUUCCGUAGCACGCUCUAUCCAUACGUCAGCAAAUCCACAACAGAUAUGGGACGAUGGGGCGGGAAAAGGGUGUGCAGCAAAAGGACAGUCCGGUGAUAGCGCGCUGGGGCGUUGGACGCACUCAUGCCUGACUGAUUCAGGCUCAAAAAGAUAUCAAAAUAGACCAUUAAUGAC